CCUCACUCUCACUCUCACUCUCACUCUCACUCUCAUUCGCAUCCGUACAGCAUCAUCAACACUCCACUUCGUCCGAUUCAACACUGAGAAAUCAUUACGUGCGUGCGUCUGCAACAAACAAAAUGGCUAUGGUGUUGGCUAUUCUUUCCUUCCUUUCAAUCUUUUCCUUCACUGUUUCCUUCGGUCAAUUAGAUGAUUACGAGUGGCCUAGACCUCAAUAUUCCGUUGUGGGAGAUCCUGGUAUGAGAAAUUCUAACCUUAGAUUGGCCAUAGACUCAUGGAACUACUGUAACAAGGUUGGAUCUGAAGCUCCUAAGAUGGGGAGCCCGGCUGCAGCUGAUUGCUUUGAUGUCCAUCCUAAGACAUUCUCUGUUCRKCAUAGAGUCACAGAAGCCGAUAACAGAUUAAGUGUUGGAAAGCCUUUUCCUAGUUCAUUCAGGGGACAAGAUUUGUCUCAUCUUAAUGACCCAGAUUUGUAUGCUGUUCAGAAGGAACUGUAUCUUGGUUCCAAGUGUGAGGUACAUGGGAACGACCUGAGGUUUAUUUCUGACUAUUAUCAGUUUUGGAUGAUUACUCUUAGAAAUGGUAACCUAGACACACAUGCUGGAUUGUGCCCCAGUAAAGGCAGGAAGGUCGGUCCCUUUGAACAUUCAGAAGAUGGAUUCUCAUGUUUUGGAAAGGGGUGUAUGAAUCAGCCACUUAUGUUCCAUAACUAUACCAGCUUGCAAACUGUUGGAAAGGAGAAUUUUCUUAGAGGGAGUUUCUUUGGCACCUAUGACUUGGAUGUUGAUUUUGGUAAAGGAGUAACACGUAACAUUUCCUAAUUACUCUGUGUCAUGGGAAAAGAAGCUUGGAGAGGACAAGAGUUGGGCUUUUCAUCACUUUUUGAGGACAUCAGACAAAUACCCAUCACUAAAGCUCGCCCUGAAAUCUGAUACUGCUGGUGGAAAGUUUGGCUAUGGUACCAGAGGAAUGACUAAGGAUCUUACAAUUUCACC